CUCCACCCAGGUCGCAGGCUGCGUGGUCGGUGGCCGCGAUUUCCCGCCAUUGUGAGAAGUGGAGGUGGGGACCGCCGCGCCGCUCCUGCCACGGGUCAGCAGCUCCGAGGCGCUCGUCACCGCGGCAGAGUCUCCCGGAGGCCCGCGGCUCGCGACGCCCCCGCGCGUGGGAGGGCGCGGACGAGCCCCCGAGGAGCCGCCGGGUUCCGAGCGCGCUCGGCCCACGGAGAAGCUCCUCACGGGCCGCGCUGGCCCCGGCUCUCAGCGCCAUGCCCUGUGGAGAAGACUGGCUGAGCCACCCGCUCGGCAUCGUGCAGGGCUUCUUCGCCCAAAAUGGAGUUAAUCCCGAUUGGGAGAAGAAAGUUAUAGAAUACUUCAAGGAAAAGCUGAAGGAAAAUAAUGCUCCUAAAUGGGUACCAUCAUUGAAUGAAGUUCCCCUUCAUUAUUUGAAGCCUAACAGCUUUGUCAAGUUUCGUUGCAUGAUUCAGGAUAUGUUUGACCCUGAGUUUUACAUGGGCGUUUAUGAGACAGUUAACCAGAACACAAAAGCUCGGGUUCUUCAUUUUGGAAAAUACAGGGAUAUAGCAGAAUGUGGGCCUCAACAGGAGCUUGACUUAAACUCUCCACGAUCUACCACGGCAGAAAGACAGACCUUCUACUGUGUCCCAGUGCCUGGAGAAUCUUCAUGGGUCAAAGAGGCCUAUGUCAAUGCAAACCAAGCUCGAGUCAGUCCCUCGACUUCCUAUACUCCCAGUCGGCACAAGAGGAGUUAUGAAGAUGAUGACGAUAUGGACCUACAGCCCAACAAGCAGAAAGACCAACAUGCAGGUGCCAGGCAAGCAGGGGGCCUCGGUGGUCUUCACUGGUGCGGAGAGCCAAAACGCUUAGAAACUGAAGCUUCCAGUGGGCAACAGCUGAACUCCUGGAACCUCUCUUCCCCAUUUGAUCUGAACUUCCCCCUGCCAGGAGAGAAGGGCCCUGCCUGCCUCGUUAAGGUCUAUGAAGACUGGGACUGCUUCAAAGUCAAUGACGUUCUUGAGUUAUAUGGUGUGCUGUCUGUAGAUCCUGUCCUGAGCAUACUGAAUAAUGAAGAAAGGGAUGCUUCUGCACUGCUGGACCCCAUGGAGUGCUCAGACAUGGCAGAGGAGCAGAGGGUUCACAGUCCUCCAGCUUCGUUAGUGCCAAGAAUUCAUGUCAUUUUAGCCCAGAAGCUGCAGCACAUCAAUCCUUUGUUACCCACUUGCCUUAACAAGGAGGAGAGCAGAGCCUGUAAGUUUGUAUCCAGUUUCAUGUCUGAGUUGUCUCCAGUCAGAGCAGAGCUGCUUGGAUUCCUCACUCAUGCACUCUUGGGAGAUAGUUUGGCUGCAGAAUACCUUAUAUUACAUCUCAUCUCAACAGUAUAUACAAGAAGAGACGUUCUUCCACUAGGAAAAUUUACAGUUAACCUGAGUGGCUGCCCACAAAAUAGCACCUUCACAGAACACCUCUAUCGGAUCAUUCAACACCUUGUCCCAGCAUCUUUUCGUCUACAGAUGACGAUAGAAAACAUGAACCAAUUGAAACUCAUUCCCCACAAAGACUAUACAGCCAACCGAUUGGUCAGCGGUCUCCUCCAGCUGCCCAACAACACGUCCCUGGUCAUUGAUGAGACUCUUCUAGAGCAGGGGCAGUUGGACACCUCAGGUGUUCAUAAUGUGACUGCCCUGAGCAACCUGAUAACCUGGCAGAAGGUAGACUAUGACUUCAGUUACCACCAGAUGGAGUUCCCGUGCAACAUCAACGUCCUCAUCACUUCUGAGGGGAGGUCCCUGCUCCCGGCAGACUGCCAGAUUCACUUACAGCCCCAGCUGAUCCCGCCCAACAUGGAAGAGUACAUGAACAGCCUUCUCUCAGCCGUGCUGCCGUCUGUGCUCAACAAGUUCCGCAUCUACCUGACCCUCCUGAGAUUUCUGGAUUACAACAUCUCAGAUGACAUAACCAAGGCGGUUGAAGAUGACUUCGUGGAAAUGCGUAAAAACGACCCUCAGAGUAUCACAGCAGAUGAUCUCCACCAGCUGCUUGUGGUGGCUCGGUUUCUGUCCCUGAGCGCUGGCCAGACCACACUGUCACGAGAGCGAUGGCUGAGAGCAAAGCAGCUGGAGUCGUCCAGAAAACACAGGCUUCAGCAGCACAAGUGUGUGAACGGGAAUGAGCUUUAGACUCUGAACUGGAGAAGAACGGGCAAGCUACAGCCUCCAUGCUGCACAGCUCAGAUCUGUUUAUACCAUACUGUUUUAUAGAUGAUUUGUAGGCAAAAAAACAAUGACUUUUCCUGAAAUCAAGCCUGGUGACACCUAAAGUUUAUAUGAUUCUCUGUAAGGGCUUUUACCUUACUGGUUUUAUGGAGUUUUGGAGUUUGUUUUAUAAUUAGUUAUGAUGUACAAAAAUGUAUUUGAUAUUAAAGGUUUAAUAAUGAUAAUGUUGCUGAUCAUACCAUUUCCUUAGCCGUAGCUACAGCUUAGGCCAGACUCUUCGAAUGCCGGCUUCCCCUGAAGCUGUGCAUCCACGCCUGUGUGAGUGCAGUCUGUCUGAGUUUAUCUAGUCGGGACGCACAUGCCAUUCCCCUGAAGCUGUGCAUCCACAUCUGUGUGAAUACCGUCUGUCUGAGUUUAUCUAGUUGGGACGUACUUGGCAUUGAUUCGUGAGCUCUCUAGUGUCAGUGUCCACAUCUGGACAGAUACUUUCCCCCCUUAGCAGCUGUUAAUAACCUGCAGAAGUAGGCUUUUCCAUGGCAGGCGUCCCCAACUUUUAGAUUUCAUACACUAGUAAUACUUCCAGAGAUUUCUGGAGUAGGGUUGCCAAUUGAUUUUGCCAAAAUGUGAUCAUCAUUUUGUUUCCAUGAAAGGACACCCUCAGACAGGAGGCUCUUGAUGGGACAGAUGCGGCUCUGUGAUUCAGGUCACUACAUUGUUCUUAGCUCCUCUCACACCCUGCAUUUGGGAACUGUCAUUUUAAGGGACUCUGAAGGGAACCUUGUCCGAACAUGAAGACUUGAGUUAAUCUUUUUUCCGGUGCUGUGUGUUGAACUCUGGCCUCUCACGUGAGAUGUGUUCUCUACCACUAAGCUGCACCCUUAGCCUGGUGUGUGUGUGUGGGGGGGUGACUUUGAAUCAUUUUCCUCAUUAUUUAGCUGAUUUGAUGAUCGUGCUGGAUUUUAAGCUUUUAAUAUGAGUUUAUCAGAUAGCUUCCAAGUGUGUUAGAUGGGUAACAUCAUUUGCUAGUGCGGUAAAGGCCCAUACAUUACAAGUAGGCUUCCCAGACCUAUUCAUUUUGAUAUGCAUAUUUUCAAAUAAAAGUUAUUACUUAUAAUUUGCAAAUUAAUAUAGAAUUGUGGCAACAGUAAUCUUCAGAAAGGUUAGAAUAGUGCUUUUAAGCUCUCUGUGGUGCGCUUGAAGAUGAAUUCAUUUGGAAACAGGUGAGUUCAGUGGUCCCUUAUCUUUUUCCUGCUGAAGAGGCUUGCAUUGACAUUGUUAACCAAGGAAACAGGGUCAGCCUUGAUAAGUCAAGGAAUUAGCUUGAUGAGAGGAAGUACAGACUACUAGUUGUUCAGCAUUCUUUCCUAACCUCAAAUCUAUUUUUCUAAGCUAAUGUAAAUAGUGUUCAUAUUAGAAUUCUAACUGGUUUUCAUUUUUAUAACUGGUAGACAAGCUCUUCCUUAAACCUUUGAAAAUAAGAUGUUCACAUAGAUUUUUGAAAAUACUUUUUUGUCCUAGAACAAAGUUUUUAGUUUGUCUUGUCAAACUGUACCAAUGUAAACUGUAAUUUACCAAAGAGAAGUCAUAAUUUUGCUUGAUCUUACAGAAAAGUUCCCUUGAGUAACCAUGUCCAGUAAAUAAAACUUCAAAUUACCAGUA